CUUUCCUCCGAUGUCACUGGCAGCCCGCCAAUCCGUUUUGUGAAAUAAAAAAAUUAAUCAUGAGAUUAAAUCGGCCUUAUAUUUUGGCACGUAAAUGUUUGAACAGACGAAGAACCUCUGAAAUUCAAAUAAUGUAGAUAUUUUAAAAUGAGAAGACUUAGAGUUCCUGACAGCGUUUUCACGAAUGAAAUACUUUCUUACUCUUCUUCAGAUUAUGUCGACUCCUUUUGCUCUGGCCUUUUCGGGGCUGUACAAUAAAAGUUUAUUAGACGGAUCGACAGACUUCCCAGCUAAGACAGGUGAAUUUUUUCCAUUGAAGAUGCAGUUUUCACGUGGACAGUGUGCCACCUGCCUCGGGAGACUUCAUAUAGUAUUCGACAGCUUGUGAGUGACGUGCAGGAGGACGAGGAGGGGGAGAAAUAUCCCCCUUCACCCCCUCUGGACUCUGGUCGGGACCUCAGAGCAGAGAAGGCUCGGGACAGGAGAAACAAGGUGAGAAGAUGAAGAAGCUGGUGGUGUUUUUGCUCUGCCUGGUCCUCCUGACCCUUUGCACAGAUGCCAACCCUAUCAUUAAGGAGAGCUUUGCUAAGCAGCUGCUCCGCAGCAAGAGGCAGGAUCGGCCAAUGAAGGCCGGCUACCCUGAUGAGCCAAUGAGGGAGCAUCUGCUCCACAUGCAGGCUCUGGAUCAGAGGGCCCAGGAGACCAACCUGGAGCACUGGUUGAACCCUCACUGCUACCCUCGCUGUGACAGGAACUACGGAUACCCCGUUUGAAGAGGAUGACUAAAGUAACGGACCAGAAGUGACAACAUGGACUCAACAACGGCAAGAGUGAAAAGCAUAGAGAGACUUUCUCUGCCUUUCUGAUGACAUAUAAUCUGCCCAUGUGCAGCAUGCUGAAUAAAAGGCCGUGCAUCUGUAAUCUCCCUGGAUUACAGCUGGGUAGUUUGCUGCUUUCAGAGGUUUCGACACUUCU